GAAACACUUAUUAAUCACGCGUUUAGAUAAACCGUGCCGGUUGAAAGUCGAAAUCAGAUGAGACGACGAUCAGAAGAAAGUCAUUCAGACGCAACAGCAGAAAUUGAAUCAUCGUUGAAAGCAAAGUGAGCAGUCGCGAAGAAAUUUCUCCAUUUAACAUCCGAUAUACCUAUUCAGCAUCUUCAUUCUACUUUUCUCGAUGUAUUCUUUUCUGUUCUCCAUAACUGUAUAAAAUUUACGCUACCAGAAAUAAUUACAGGAUCGCUACUAUAAAUGAUUCUAUUGCGUUAACCAUGCAAAUGAACGUGAUGAGGUUCUAUAGAAUUGGUGGAAGGCACAAUGGUUCGUUGUAACAAUCGGAAGUCACCGACUUCAUGAACGGACGUAACCUAGAAAAUUAAUCGUGAAAAUCCAUCGAAGGGAUACCGUUAACGCGAAGAUGACGAAGUUCCGCGCGACUGUUAAAUAUUUAAAGAGACCCGGAACGAGACAAUGGAGCAGCGCUCGCGAAUAAGGCAGUUGCCAUUCCGAGGCAUGCGCCAUUCGAAAAAAAGAAACGGUCCCGAUGAGAUGUACGCAUUGCUGGACAUUGUUUGCUGUACGAAUGACAUCGGCUGGACUACUUCGCGCCCAUUAUCGAAUCAAGAAUUCGCGUUAAAUCCUUAUUAAAAAGAGAACAGUUAUCCAAGUGCUUAGGUAUAAUAUCUAAUUAAUAAUUGCUAUUAUGCACCAUUUAAGAAAGCAAUCGAAAAGGAAUAUCGAGAAUAAUUACCAAUGCAACUGUUGAAGCACUGACAAGAAAUUCGCUUAUCGUAAUUUUUACUCUGUCCCAUUGAGCCACACUUUAGUAUACCGGCUAUUGACAGAGCAAACAAUGUCGGAGAAAGUAGAAUUUUCUUCGACGAUCUGUGAAUGGUACAACCUUAAAAACACAAAAAAUUCCAUCCCCCACGAAAACAUACUUUGUAAACAUUGUACUUAACAGUUUACACCGAGAGGAGACGAUUAUCUGAAUAAAAUACGCAGAAGUCACAGAGAAUGACACCGGUAUUCACAAGAGGGAAACUGUUUAGAGUGGGUCUUAUAUCAGAAAAUAUAUCCACGAUGCAAUUUCUAGCUUGGCAUGACCGAUGGCCAUGUCUGUGGGCCAAGGCGAGCUGCUUGCUGCACGUGGAAAUAUUUGAAGACAUCAGUCUCGAUCAUGGAAGAUUUUCCAGUUAUAGGAAUAUUUAGAGAAUAGAAUUUACUGAAUGCCUGAGAAGAUUAAGGUGAAUUAUAUGCGCAGAAUCUCGAUCAAACGUGUUCUCGACGUUAAAGACGGUAACUUAUCGAUGGGUACACUAUAAUCGUCUGACGUCUUUGCAAUUUAUAUUAAUAAUAUACAAUAUACAAUAUACACAUAUCACAAAAUUUAAAGAGUAAUACCGAUGCAACUUAAUUUCUCAGAGGUGGAUAAGUUCGAGAAAGGUUGUUAGAAUUAUUUGGAUAUAAAAAAUGGGAAUCUCUUGUAUUAUUUUUCCAAUAAUUAAUAAAACUAUGAGCCUAAUUUUUGUUAUAAUUAUUAAAACAAUGAUUUUCCCUCAAAGAAUUCAGCUUCUCUUCGUUUAUACCAUGGUAUUAAUAUAAUUCAUUUCGAGGUGCAUCGAUGGACCAUCGAAAUCCCUUCGUCUAUAACGUCAUCGUCUCCCCUACUAACCCAAUUCUUAGAAUCUUGCUGGGCCACUAAUAUCAGGGAUCGCCGAUGCUAAGGUCCGCCCAGCUUCAACUACUCCGCUGAUCCAUGGAAGUGGUCGGUCGUUUGUUUAAAAAAUUGUUGAAGAAAGUUUCUUCUGACGGAGAGGUGGGCAACGACAUGUACCAGCGAUGACGCCUUGUGUGUCUUAGUCGUUUGUCGUCGUCACAUGCGUCAUCGGUUAGAGUGGGGAUAUUGGGGAGGGUCCCAGCUGGUGAAGACCUAUAAAGAUAGAAGCUACGGAGGGUCAGAUCACACUUUGCUCCGAAAAUUUUCCGAGGGACGUGCUCGAUUCUCUUCAAUACGUUUUCUUUGCAAUUAUCGGUUAACACGUUGGAUCAGACACAAAAAAUGAACAAAAUAGUGAUACUGUGUCUUUUCGCUACAUCCGCCGUGGCUGUGCCCACGCCGGAACUUAACAACAUUGAGCUCAACAGGAAUCUCGAUUGCUUCGAGCAAGAGAACGCGCUGUUUAGCUGCAUGUUCGUCAAGACCGUCAGCGCGCUGGAUAGAGCCGCCAGGUCUAGCGACAUCGAGAUCAUCGAUGGUGUGAAGUUCGUGAGGGAAACACCGAUGGAACGUAGCGGAAAAGAUUUGAAGACGGAGGUCGAUAUUAUGAAUGAAUUACCAAGAGACAUGUCGGACAGGGCCAUUAAGCUCGCCACUAUGCUGGUAGAAUCAGCCCUGUCGUUUAUGAAAUCCCAUAGUUUGAAGCUGAGCAUGCCCGAGGAGGGCUCGAUAUCCCGCGCUCUGGAUGAAGGUCGCGCCAAAAUAAAGAAAAUGGCACUUCCUCUGAUCGCCGCCGCAGGAAUAAAAUUGUUCGCCCUAAUCCCAAUUCUCCUCGGAAGUCUUGGUCUCCUGGUCAUGAAGGCCCUUUUCGUGGGCAAAAUAGCCCUUCUGCUAGCUGGAGUGUUGGCUUUCCAGAGAUUAUUCGGCAGCAGCAACUCUGGAGCUACUAGUUUCUUCAGCAAGAACCCUCAACCAUCGACUGGAUGGUUUGACAACGCCAACCAAGGCUGGGCAGCCAAUGUCGCAGCAGGUGUUCAACCUCAGGGCUACUACAAGAGAAGUUUCGACGCUGAAAAUGGAAAAAUAGACGCCCAUUCGAUGGCAUACUCUGCGCAGGCGCCGAUCACGAACGAAACCAAUUGAAACGAGGAUCCUGAGUCUACGUUUAUGAGGAACGAAAGACUCCAGGCUACCUGGGGGCCAUAUCUCUCGAAUCUAGUGCGUGUAAUACUCGCUAGACUCGUUCUCGACUGUUAGAUUAAUAUUUAAGCGAAUAACUUAUGGACCGAGUAAAUUAUUAAUAAUCCCUUGUAUUAAUAAAUUAUUUGUACUAUUGCAGAUUGUCUAUCACA